AUGACAGAAUCGAUAUUGGAUUUAUUUGUGAUAGUGAAAGAACUUAUCGUUAAUAAUUUAAUAAUACCAUCAAGUGAUAAAAAAGUGAAAUUGAGUAGAAUAAGAAGAAGAAAAACAACAACAACAACUCAAAAUUGUUGUUGUUGUUUGUUUGCGUGGAUAGUUGCAGUGGUCGUGAUAUGUGAACAUGUUAACGCUAGCAGCGAACUUCGUUUGGGAGGUGCCAUAAACCUCUUUAGCCGAUACGGGUAUCUUUCUAUAAGCAUGAGGGUGGUACCCAGAAACGACACGGAUUCAAAAUGGCUCUACAGAGAACCCACAAUAGAUAUAUUUAAAGAUCUCUCAUCGUUAGUUUUGACACCGUCGAAUAAUCCCCAAAGUCCAAAGAAAGUUUUUGAAGGUGAUUUUCACAUGGAAUUCUGUGAUAAUUUAAGACAAUUACUUCAAGCCUAUUUUAGAGGUUUCAAUUUUGAAAGGCUCGACAGACCUUGGAGAGCGUUUUCAGGUGACUGGUCAAGGUCAGGUAUGGCCAAACAUUUAGGAAUAAAAACAAAUUACAUAACGGGACAAUAUUGUUACGUUCUCGUUAGAGUUGCGAGACACCGAGAAUCGGGACGAAUGCGUCCCGUUGGCGACGACGUAGAAUUAGAAGAAGAAGUUGCACGUGGCACUAAUGACGUCAUACCUGGGGACGAAGCGAGCGUUUCGCAUUUCGUUAAAAGUUUUGGAAGUCAUUACGUCGUGUCUUACACCACCGGAAAUUCAUUAUAUCAGGUGUUCGUGUACACGUCGCAAAUUUACGUGAGGAUCAAAGAAAGGCUCAAAAGCAAAGGAGUCGAAGAUUUAUCAAAUGCCGAAUUGUCGGGAUUUUUCUCACCCUGGUACGCCGAACACAUUGGAGAAAUACAAACCGCGAGCGGGAAUUCAUCCAUUCAAUCAUGGGCGGCGCAAAACCUUAGAAUACAAUUUUAUUUUUUCACUUAUCCCUCUCUCCUUAAAAUCCACGGCAAUUUGGAUUUGUUGCGAGCACUGAACAACCUUUUGGGUAACGAAGCCAUGCUCGCGUUAGAUUGA